GAAGUUAUUGUGAAAGAGUCUCCUUCUUCUCUGAAUAAAAAAGCUCAACAUUAUAAUGGCGAACACGAUGAUCUCAAGAGCGGAAUAUCCAGUCUUUAUUUACCCAGAUUCGGCAGCUCCAACAUCCUCCAAAAAUGGGUCUCCGAAGGCCGCAAACUUACCUCCUCCAAUCUCUUCCGACGCUUCAGAGAUCGCCUCCACAGGAGGGCGCCUUUCCACUACCACCACGCCUUCGAGAUAUCAGAGUGGAUGGUUAGUCACAAAGAGUUUGAAUUAUCGGACUCCGACUCUGCAGUCCACAUUGCCUUGAUGGCCGAAGUGGUUGGUUAUGAUGCUACUGGGCAGUACUUACUAGGUCUACCUGACACUGGAAAAACUACAGAAACCUACAAGGCUCUGGUUCUCAUUUAUUAUUGGGCUAGAAGACUUAAAUAUAUUGACACGAUUUGGGAGAGAUGUAAAGGGAUGGAUGCCGGGAUGGAUGCCAAUACGCUUCCUAAAGCUGUUGAUAAAGCUAUUCAAAAAAUCAAACUACGAAAUGGUGUCCUGAAUUUGUUCACUUACAAUCUGUGGAUAUGUUCAUAUGUGUCAACCAAUAACAUUGACACAGUUAGAACGAUUCUUGAUGAAAUGACUCACGACUCUGGCUCUAAUAAAUGCAAGGUAAGAUAUGCAAACCUAGCAAACAUAUGUAUUACCUUGGGUAACUUCAUGAAUGCGGAGUCCUCCAACACUCAUGAAACUAUCUCUCUUGGCUGGGUAACUUAUGAUUUACCAAUUAUCUUGUAUACCGGUUUGGGAGACAAACACAAAGUUGAUAAAAUCUGGAAUUUGAGCAUGUCAGCACAGGAAAUAACAGAUAGGAAUUACGGGUGUAUUCUGUCUUCGUAUCUCAUGCUUGGUUAUUGAUCAAUGGAAACAAACUUCUGCCGCAGAGUUAGUCAUCUCUGACUGCAACAGGCUGUUAAAAGCAUUUUCAGACGUUGGGUUGAUGGAAACAGCUGAAACAUUUCACUCGCUUCUGACUGAGAAGGGCUGCAAUAUCAUAUAGAUGAGUCAAAGCAAGGGCAGGCCCGUGUUUCAGGUGAUCCGAGAACGAUGAUCUGAGAGAAAAUAAGUUGGGCUUGCUGCUCAGAGUUGCUGUUCUCUGCUUCUGGUAUCCAUGAUCCUGGAUUUUAGUUUUAUCAAACCCACGGCUCCAUUUGAUGUUUCCACAAACUUUUGUCUCACUUGGCAUUGCAUCUUUCAUGUUAAAAAUCAAAUUUGACAGUAGAUUAAGAUCAUAUUGCCAAUAAAUAAUGACCUUGUUUGUUUUAAUUUAUUUAUUUUUCAUUUUG